GAAGGAAAAGAGGGGGAGGGAGACUAAAUCUUCCAGCUGCCACAGAGGAAACGGAAGGGACGAAACAGAAAACUAAUUUCAAAACUUCAAGUCUAUGCUCAAGCAUUGCUCUCUGAGAUCUUCUUCUUCUUCCUCUGAAUCUUUUACAGACUUCUUUUGGAAAUUCCACAUUUGUUUCUACCUUUGUUGCUAAUCUCCAGUUGUUUCUGUGGUUGUUGGGAAAAAAGUCUCCACCCUAAAGAGAAGAAAGACAACUAAUCCACUGUGAGGAGAUGUCCCCCCAGCCACAGGUGACAAGGAAUUUCCAGGAGUUCCUCAAGAGCUUUUUGGGGAUUAUACGGAUCCUACAGAUUCUCUUGGGAGCUGGUCUUUGGGUCACUGUUGCUACCAGCAAGUAUGAGGGCUCCGUUCACUUUGUUCUCUUUGUGGCCGUGUUCUUCUGGCUUCUCACUCUCACCCUCUUCUUUAUCACUCUGCUGAACAAGCAGGACCUUGUCCCCAUCCUAGGAGGGGAGCGGUGGCUGUUAACUAAUGUGAUACAUGACAUUGCCGCUACAUUGCUUUAUUUGUCUGCAAUCGGCAUUAUGAUCUACAAAAUGUCGAAGAACGCCUACUGCAAUGUGCCACGGUACAAGCUCACAUGCUUGUAUACCGUCUACCUCACUGGCUCUGUGUUCGCCUGCCUGACUGCCUUCGCCUACCUUCUGUCAGCCAUAUACGGCUCCUGCAGAAAGUGCCGGGGUGAGCAGACAGUGGUGUAAAAACCCAUGGGACAUUUGAGGGAUGGGGGAGGGACAUUUCUUCUUUUCUCGGAGAGCCCUGAGUGGGAGAAAAAUAGCCCUUGUCCAGGUUGCACACAGCUGGCUUAUGGAAAAAAAGAUCUUUCCUUUUCUAUUAAAGCAGAGGGUUUGAUCCCUUUGUCUCAGGCUUCCAGGUUGGUUGAUUUUGUAUAAAGUAAUUUAAACUCUAUAUCUUCAUCAGCCACAAAGCAUAUGUAUCUUAUUUUAUAUUUUAUGUUUCUAGCUACUCAACAUGUUGUGUAACAGAAUUCGAUGGCUUCUUUUUAUCAUUCCUGUUACAAUGACAAGCCAACAAACAAUCUAAUAUGCUAUGUCUGUAGCGUUUAUUUUACUUUUUUUUUUAUGACUGAAUGUGCAUAAAUUACAUGUGUUGGUGUAUGUGUACAGAUUCUAGCAGAAUAAAUAAUGCCAUCAAGAAUGUCAAUGACAAUACACUUUGCUUAACAUGCACAGAUGAGCAAUGCUAUGUAAAAAUGUCCAUCUACAAGUAUUUAUAUUUCACACAAAGUAACUGUCAGGCUGAAUAAAUAAUUAAUAAAAAGUAAAUGAUCACUUGAAA